UGUAACAUUAAGUAGCCUAGGUUAACUUAGCUGGCCUUCAAUUUCGGGAAUUCAACAGAGUUCUCUGGGACAUUUUUACAACUCAUUCAAACUCUAAAAUUAAAUACAUGGGAAAAUGUUACCAAACAUGAUAAUAAUAGGCCUGCAUCACGGUAGGCAGCUAAUUGUUCAAUUACACUUUCCAUCCUUACCUUGGAAGGUCACUGGAUCUGUGCUGAUUGCCUGUGAGUGUGACAAUGUUAGCUAGCCAAUGGGAGCCUAGUAGAACGCCCCUCUGAAUAAUGGGGUGUGGUUUUGGCUUAACUGCGUUGGGGAAAAGUAAGAAGCGUCCUUGACAGAAACCAAAACAACAGGAUGUACAAAGAGGCGUUUCCUUUUUUCACAAAUGUGUUGCUGACACAUUCACGUAGCUACUUCCUGUUGUCUCAGUAACAGCAUGGCAGAGAUGAAACCACAACUCUGAGAAAAACUAACCUUACUAAUAACUUCACCAGAAGGGUAAGAAACUUACUUCAGUAAACAUUUCAGUUUAAUAAUAUGUUCAGAUGAUAUGAUAAAAGAGGAAGUCAAAUGCACUCAAUGAUUAAAUCACCAGAUGAAUAUGGAGGCCUAUAGGGGACAAGGAGGAUAAAGUAGAGAAGAAGAGAGGAAUAUGGAGGCCUAUAGGGGACAAGGAGGAUAAAAAGAGAAGAAGAGAGGAAUAUGGAGGCCUAUAGGGGACAAGGAGGAUAAAAAGAGAAGAAGAGAGGAAUAUGGAGGCCUAUAGGGGACAAGGAGGAUAAAAAGAGAAGAAGAGAGGAAUAUGGAUGAGUGAGAAAGGAGGGUAUUCAGCCAAUCAGUAGCCAUCACCGUUUCUGGACCAACAUGAGAAGACCCCCCCACUCUCUUGAUUCGCUUGAGACAGAGAAGAGACGUGAAGAAAGAGAUGCUACAUUUGUGGAUGAUAACAGGGCGGUCCUCAUUCAGAGGGUUACCACGGUGAUACCCAUAGCAGAUAAACUUCUCCAGUGGCAUAUGAUCCACUUUGAGGCGUACCUUAAGAUCCUUGCUGCCCGGACCAGACCAGAUCAGAUGAGGGAGCUGUACAACGUCUUAAACACAGAAAAAGUCAAAUCAGCCUUCUAUAGGCUCCUUCAGAAGCAAGAGCCUUAUUUGGUCCAGGUGCUAGGUGGGCCUGUCUGUAUGGAGGUGGAUUGCUAUGGACAGACUAUGUGCAUUGGGCAGAGCAGCGUGGAUGACGACACAAAGAGAAUUAAGGACGAACUUAAAGACAGUCUGGAGAAGAAGUUUGGAUUUGUGUUUGAAGGCACCGCAGUGGAACAAACUCCCCUCAACAGCAUCUACACACAGCUCUACAUCACACAAGGACAGAGUGAAGGAGUUAAUAAAGAACAUGAGAUCCGGCAGAUUGAAUAUACACGCAGGGCAAAAAAAUCUACAGACACUCCAAUCAACUGCAAUGACAUCUUCAAACCCUUAUCUGGAGAAGACAGAGAAAAGGAGAGACCCAUCAGAACUGUGCUGAUGAAGGGCAUCGCUGGCAUUGGAAAAACAGUCUCUGUGCAGAAGUUCAUCCUCGACUGGGCUAAAAGAAAAGCUAAUCAGGAUGUUGAUUUCAUCUUUGUGCUUCCACUCCGAGAGCUGAAUCUGAUUCAAGAUGACCAGUACAGUCUUCAUGGACUUUUGCGUUACUUCCACCCUGAACUUACAGAGAUAGAAGAGGCAAAGAUACAUGAUACCUGCAAAGUCAUGUUCAUCUUUGAUGGUCUGGAUGAAAGCAGACUGCCAUUAGGUUUUCAUCAGAACAAGAAGUUGACUGAUCUAACUGAGACAUCAUCAGUUGACAGGUUGAUGACAAACCUCAUUGAGGGCAAUCUACUCCCUGAAGCUCUCCUCUGGAUAACCUCCCGACCAGCAGCAGCCAAUCAGGUCCCCUGUAAGUACAUUGACAAGGUGACAGAAGUACGAGGGUUCAACGACAAACAGAAAGAAGAAUACUUUAAGAAGAAUGUUGAGGAUGAGAACCGGGCCAGGAGAAUCAUCUCACACAUUAAUACAUCAAGGAGCCUCCACAUCAUGUGCCACAUACCAGUCUUCUGUUGGAUUACUGCUAGGGUUCUUGAGCAAAUGUUGAGUGAAGAUAAGAGUGGAGAGAUCACAACUCUGACUGAGAUGUACAAUCACUUCCUGCUCAUUCAGACAAACCUGAAAAGCAAUAAGUAUGAUGGGGAAAGGGAGACGGAUCUGGACAUCAUCAUAGAAAGAAACAAAGAAAUAAUUCUCAAACUGGCACAACUUGCAUUUGAACAGCUGGUGAAGGGCAAUCUCAUAUUCUCUAAGAAAGACCUGGAGGAGUGUGGCAUUGAUGUCAGUGAAGCCUCAGUGUACUCUGGGUUUUGCACAGAAAUCCUGAAAGAAGAGUAUGGGCUGUAUCGGAAGAAAGUGUACUGCUUUGUCCACCUGAGCUUCCAGGAGUUCCUUGCUGCUCUGUACGUGUUCCACUGCUGUGCGAGCAAGAACAUCAAGGCCCUGGAGUCGUUCAUUGGGGAUGUGUCAUCAGAGCUGUCCUUGCAUGUGCUGCUGAAGAUGAUGGUAGAUAAAGCCUUGGAGAGUGAGAAUGGACACCUGGACCUGUUCCUCCGCUUCCUCGUUGGCAUCUCAACAGAAUCCAACCAGAGACUGUUACAUGACCUACUGCCACAAACAGAGAUCAGCUCAGAGACUGUCAAGGAAAUGAAGAAAUACCUCAGGGAGCCGAACGUAGAGCAAGUCUCGCCUGAUAGGUACAUCAAUCUACUCAUCUGCUUGACUGAGAUGAAAGAUGAUUCAGUGCAUGAGGACAUUGACAGGUUCCUGAAGUCAGGAAAUCAAACAGGAAAGGAACUUGCAGGAGCACACUUCUCAUCCCUGGCCAACGCACUGCUGAUGUCAAAGGGUGUGCUGGAUGAGAUUGACCUGAGGACAUACAACUUGUCCCCUGGGUGUACGAGACUGGUCCCAGCUGUAAGGAAAUGGAGAAAGGCCAUACUGAUUGGCUUUGAACUCUCUAUGGAGGACUACGAAUCACUGGCCUCCAUUCUCCAAUCAGCAGACUCACAUCUAAGAGAGCUGCACCUGGACGACAUCGGGGAGCGUGAUCCUGAUGGUGACGAUGAUCCUGAUGGUGACGAUGAGGCCAGACUGACUGUUCUCGUUGCUGCGCUGACUGUUGUCCUCGCUGCACUGAAACAUCCACACUGUAAACUGGAGACACUGAGACUGGGUGGCUAUAAACUCUCUGAAGAGCACUGUGGAUUACUGCCUUCUGCUCUCCAAUCAGCCGACUCACAUCUGAGAGAACUGGACCUGAGAGACACCAAGCUGUCUGAUGGUGGUGGGAGGGAACUCUUUACUUCUCUGAAACAUCAGAACUGUCAACUGCACAAACUGCGACUGUCUAGCUUUAGACUCUCUGAAGAGGACUGGGGAUCACUGGCCUCCGUUCUCCAAUCAGCAGACUCACCUCUGAGAGAACUGGACCUGGACCUGAGGAACAGUGGACUGUCUGAUUGUGUUGGGAGGGAACUCUUCACUGCUCUGAAACACCCACACUGUAAACUACAGACGCUGAGGCUGAAUGGAUGUUCCCUGACAGAGGAAAGGUGUGAAGCCUUGGCCUCAGCUCUCAGCUCAAACUCCUCUCACCUGAGAGAGCUGGAUCUGAGUCACAAUGACCUGCAGGAUUCAGGAGUGAAGGUGCUCUCUGCAGGACUGGGGAAUCCACACUGUCAACUAGAGAAACUGAGGCUGUCCUUCUGUAGAGUCACAGAGGAAGGCUGUGCUUCUCUGGCUUCAGCUCUGGGGUCAAACCCCUCCCAUCUGAGAGAACUGGACCUGAGCUUCAAUCACCCAGGAGACUCUGGAGUGAAGCUGCUCUCUGCUAGACUGGAGGAUCCACACUGUAGACUGGAGAAACUCAAUGUGGACCAUACAGAAGAGAUCUGGGUUAAACCACAGCUGAUGACGAAAUAUGCCUGUGAUCUCACACUGGACCCAAACACAGCACACAGAAACCUCUCUCUGUCUGAGGGGAACAGAAGGGUGGAGAGGGUUAAAGAGGAGCAGCCGUAUCCUGAUCACCCAGAGAGAUUUGAUCACUAUACCCAGGUGUUGUGUAGAGAGGGUCUGACUGGGCGCUGUUACUGGGAGGUAGAGUGCAGUGGGCUGGCUGACAUUGGAGUGACAUGUAAAGGCAUCAGUAGAAAAGGAGAUGGUUCUGCCGGUGAAUUUGGAUACAAUAAGAAGUCCUGGCGUCUGAUCUGCCGUGGGAAUCAUUACGGUGCCCUCCACAAUAGUCAAUAUACUACAAUACAUGCUCCACACCUCAUAAACCCUCCUCAACCCCAGAGAGACCAGUCCUCCUCCCCUCCACGCCUCAUCAACCCUCCUCAACCCCUGAGAGACCAGUCCUCCUCCCCUCCUCAACCCCAGAGAGACCAGUCCUCCUCCCCUCCACGCCUCGGAGUAGGAGUGUUUCUGGACUGGCUGGUCGGCACACUUUCCUUCUAUGAGAUCUACUCUGACACAAUGACCCAUGUGUACACAUUCCAGACCACAUUCACUGAGCCCCUCUACCCAGGGUUUAGUGUUUCUAAUGAGGGCUCUUCAGUGUCCCUGAGCCAGGUAGAGUAGUCUCCUAUGUCCUGGAGGAACACCUGGGUCUCCAUGGAAACACAGUCACACUCCUGUUCUAACCCAACCAUGUGACAUGAUGGGGUGUUGUUGACAGUGAUCAGGACAUCAGAUAUGGACAUUGUAACAGAUAAAUGUUGUUGACUGUGAUCAUGACAGAUAUUCGUAUUCACACCACUGAGUCAAUACUUUGUAGAAGCACCGUUGGCAGCAAUUACAGUUGUGAGUCGUUUUAGGUAAGUCUCUAAGAGCUUUGCACACCUGGAUUGUACAAUAUUGGACCAUUAUUAUUUGUUCAAUUCUUCAAGUUCUGUCAAAUUGUUUGUUGAUCAUUGUUAGACAGCUUUUAUCAAGCCUUGCCAUAGAUUUUUAAGCGGAUUUAAGUCAAAACUGUAAUUAGGCCACUCAGGAACAUUCAAUGUCAUCUUGGUAAGCAACUUUUUAUCCUAAAAAAUGUCUUAAUCCUUGCUGAUGACAAAGAUACUCAUAACAUGAUGCAGCCACCAUCAUGCUUGAAAAUAUGAAGAGUGCUACUCAGUGACGUGUUGUGGUGGAUAUGGCCUAAACAUUAUGCUUUGUGUUCGGGACAAAAAGUUAAUUUCUUUGCCACAUUUUAUGCAGUAUGUUUUUAGUGCCUUUGUUACAAACAGGAUGCAUGUUUUGGAAUAUUUUAAUUCUGUACAGGCU